CUGGUUGCCGCAGAUCAAACCCAACUUGUUCUUUUAAAAAGCGUAAAUCGUUUCUCAAAAAGCAAUGCAUAUAGCCUUUUUUUAGCCAAUUUAUUUUAAGUUCUUCCUCGUCAACAAACUCAGCUGAUAAGCAGUAAGACCAUGAUUUCAAAUGAAUUCAUAAAUUCGGCCACACUACAAGGAAUAAAAUUUUUCCGCAAGGAAAAGCCAUACAAGUGUGGAAAUGGAACCCAAAUAGGCCAAAGAAGCUAUCAGGAUGAGUGCGGAGGACCAGGCAAAUCUGCUGCGAGUUCUGAUCAAUUGUGCGGAGAAGGCGGCCAAUAUCGCCAGAACCUGCCGCUCAAACGAAGAACUCCUGGCAUUGCUAGUGCAGGAAAAAAAGGGAUCGGAGGCCAACGAGCGGUUUGAGCAUGAUUUCAAGACGCUGGCCGAUGUCCUCAUCCAGGAGACAAUCAAGCACGAGGUGGGAUCUCUUUUCCCAGCAAUGAAGGAUGCGAUCCUGGGCGAGGAGUCCCCAAACUUCACCAACCAACUGGGCGAAAGUGUCACUAUUGCAGUGGGCUCGUGUGAGGAGGAGACUGCAUCUUGUCUGCAGGCUGUCUUAAGUGGCCACGAAGGAGCAGCUAGUGCUUUGGCCAAGGAAGUCCAUCAGGAGGUUAACUUUAACAGCGAAAAGCUGGGCGAGAUUCCCCCACUUCCGGAGGAACUAGACUAUGCCAAUCUGGGCAUUUGGAUCGAUCCCAUUGACGCCACCGCGGAGUACAUUUCGGGCGACACCAUGUUCACAGACUUUCCCGGCAUCACAUCCACCGGAUUGGAUUGCGUCACCGUGCUGAUUGGUGUCUACGAGCGGGAUACUGGAAUCCCAGUCAUCGGGGUGGUGGCCCAACCCUUUGGAGAGAAGUUGGAGGAGAACGUUUACAGCUCCUCGAUGUUCUGGGGUGUUUGCCUGCCCUCGUUGCAGGCCCACAAUUGCCAUUUUGAGGCUCGUGACGAGAACCGUCGGUUAGGAAUAUUCUCCAGCUCAGAGCAGUCCGAUAUCCUACAGCGUUUCCUCGAUCUGGGCUACGAAUUUGCAUUUUCUGCAGGAGCGGGCCAUAAGGCUUUGAAGGUGAUAACUCACGAAGUGGAUGUGUAUCUACUUAGCAAGGGAUCGACCUUCAAGUGGGAUACCUGUGCUCCUCAGGCCAUUUUGCGAGCUCUUGGCGGCGAUGUCCUUGACUAUACAGCCAGUGUUGCGGAACAGAAGGCGGUUUCCUUGAGGUACCUGAUGGAGGACACUGAAUCCGAUGCUGACUGGAAGCGAAAUGCAGGCGGUAUAAUCGCAGUGCGCGAUGUCAAUGUCGUGGAGGAGUUGCUCGCGAAGCUCUCCGAGCAAUGAAUGUUGUUAUUGUUGUAGUCUUAUUGCUGUUGUAAUUCAUUCGAUGUGCGACUUUGAGAUGAAGUCGAAUAUAUUUAUACAUAUUAUUUAA